UUCUGACAUCACGUAAACCUGAACGUCUCCCAACGAGCACCGAGUGCCCUGCCUCCAUAUCUCAGACGCUGGGGGGGAUUUUAAAGAGAGGGCAGACUGAAAGCCAUGAGUCACCUCAACUCAGGACUUCUUUCGACCUACAACAGCCUCACAGACAAACAUCUUGCUGGAUACUUUAGCAGCACUCGAAUCAGGAGACACCUGCAGAGAGCAGGACUGAUCACCAGGAGUGGGCGCAUUGUCCCGGACAAGGAGUACAGACACAAGCUGAUCCAGAGAGCGCACCAGAGACACGUUCGAGAAUGUCUGGCACAGGCUAUUUUCCACAAGGUGCUAGAGAUGGAGCGUCUCCACCAAAUCGAGAUCAAAAGAAAACUGGAGGAGUUUGCAAGGAGGGAAAGAGUGCAUAAGAUCAAGGUGGAGCGCUCUAAAAGGUAUGAGGAAGGCAUUGUCCACAUCCUGUCUCCACACCCUCCCGAGGGUGCCAGGGGCAUCCAGAAACAGCACUCUGGGCCCGAGGGGGAGCACUCUGACUCCUCUGAGUCGCCGAGCUCAUCUCGACCCAACACGGCCCCGGGGAAGAUGCAGAGGCCCGUGCGCUUGAAACCGAUCCACAGUAACAGCACCACGGCUUCGGUCAGACACAGCUCCCCUUACAGACUGCUCCAAUCCUCUCAUGACAACCACCUGCCAUUCAACUGCACUAUGGACAAAGAGCCUCGGAGACGUUUGACUGCAGUGGAGGCCUCCCAUGGCAUCUCGCCCUAUUGCCUCCCAGUUAUCAACAACUUUGUCACUCCGGUGCCUCCAGCUACGAAGAGGAAAGAGAGAGGGUUAAAGGGCACUGCCAGCAGUACUGUCAGAGGCCGCAGACUGCGCCCGACCACCGCCUCCAGUGGAGCUGACGACGCCCCACUGCUGAGGAGCUCUGUUCACCAAAGCAGAGUGUGUGUCAACAUGGUGUACUUUGGCAAAACGGUGCGUCUUUCCAGCGACCUGACCGACAUGAGGGACGACGUCAAAGUGUUUCAGCAGCACUGUGGAGGAGAGAACCUGUGUGUGUACAAGGGAAAGCUUCAUGAAGGGGAAACUUUCCAGUUUAUUUCACGUCGACACAGAGGCUUCCCGUUCAGCUUGACCUUCUUCCUGAAUGGGCUGCAGGUGGAGCGGCUGAGCUCCUGCUGCGAGUUCAAACACAGGAAAGGCUCACGACUCGGCGGCAAACACGGGCACUUUGGCUUCACCGGCGUCGAGGGGGCCUCUCCAUGCUACAAAUGCAUCAUAGCAAUGGGACUGGACAAAAAGCCCACUCCUCCACCAAAGAGGAUCAAGGAGGAUACAAGAAGAGAGGAAUCAGUCAACAGCCCAAAAGAUGAAGGUGAGAUGGAGACGGAGAGGACUGGGGAGGAUGCUGGCUCCCACUUGGAGGGUGAAACCAGUGAGCCGCAGAACAUGGAGACUCCGGUCAAAGAAGAAAGAGCGCUCGAUGAGGAAAAAGGCAGAGAUUAUGAAGAAGACUUUGAAGCAGAUGAUGAGGGAGCUGCAGAGGAGGCAAAAGAAGAGAAAUCCCCAUCUCCAACCAGUGCAACAGACAGGCAGGUUAAAGAGAGGGAUGUCUCUGAGACUGACAAUGAUGACAGGGAUGACAUGAGAUCUCAUUCAGGCUCCAGCUCCUCGGGCAGCGAGCACGACGAGAGUGAUGCUGAAGCCACAAGAGACAUCAACGAGGACAAUAAGGCAAAGCAACAGAAAGAGGACAGUCAGGAGGAAACCAUCGCUCAGCCCGAGGAAAAAGAUGAACCAAAUCCAGAAGAAGAUGUUGCCACGGAAGCUGAGUCUUCUGCGGCCAAAGACUCGCACAUGGACAGUGCUGGGGACAGCACGGAGAUAGAAAUAUCUGACACCAGCGUCCCCUCAGGAAGUGAGACUAGACAGAUUGAUGACAAAGAUGCUGAGAAGCCUGUAGAGGAGGGCAACCAGGAGGAGGAACACGAGAGAGCCAAAUCUGUGCAAGAAAAACUGUCAGAAGCCAUACUGAAGGAGUCCCAGUGCAGCUCCGAGCCUGAGCUGAGUGACACCAGCACUGAGGAGGAGGAGGAGUCCACACAUAAAGGCCCUCAACAGGACUACAAAGAUGCAGCUCCAGUCAAGCUUGUCACGCCUACAGAACAACAGCAGACCAUUGCAGAAGAGGCAGAAUGUGAAGAAAGCGAUGCUGGUGACGUGGUGGUGGCACAGACACAGGAAGAUUUACCCGAAACCAAAGAACAGAGUGGAGAUGAUGAGCAGGAGCCUCAGGAGAACAGCAACAGUACUGAAGAUGAGAAGGUUGAGCAAGAUGACAAGGCUGCAGAAGAGGAGGAUAAAUCAGAGGAAACGGGUGAAGCUUUGCAUCCUUCGAAAGAAGAAAAUGUGACACAAGAUGACAAGACAACUGAGCAUCUUGAAGAAACCCCAGCUGAAACUGCUGAUACUGAGGCUGCAGAGGAAGGAAAGGAGAAAACCGCUGAGGAGACUGACGUUCAGCAUGACGAGACCGGGCAAGGGGCAAAAAGCAGUGAGGAGGAUGAGUCAUCAGAGCCGGAUAAAAAGACUGAUGAGACAGCAGCGCCUGAUAAUGCAGAGGCAGUGACAGCCAGAGAAACAAUAGAGAUAAAAGCAGAGUCCUCAAAGGAGCAAGAGGCCCUCAGCUAUGAAGAGGCACCUGUAAGUGACGCAGAAAAGGAGGAGCAGGCAGACAGCGAGGACAGAGCUGCAGGGUCAGAAACCGAAGUCAAUGCAGAGAACUCGAGCAGCUCGCCAAGUGGGAGUGGAGAAACCACAGUUGAAAAAAUAGGAGAUAGAGGUGAGGAAAAUGCAAUAGAAGAAAGCAGUAAAGAUGACAUUAAAGAAGAACAAGUAUUAGAGGAUGAGAGUCACGAACAGUGCGAGCUGCCAGAGGAGAGGAGGACUGGAGCACCUGAGGAAACAGGUGAAAAGGAAGACAAAGAGAAAACUGAGGAGGGUGGAAAAGAAGAGGAGGAGAAACAAACUCAUGUAACCUCUGAUAAAGGAGAAGAUGAAAAUACUGGGAAAAGAGAUGAUGAUGAUGAAAAGGUUAAAAAUGAGGAAGAGGGUAAUGAGGAAAGUAAGGAAGAUGAAGGGACAGACAAGCAGGAAAACACAGCAGAAAGUUCUGAAAAUGGCUUUAAAACAAAGGAAGACGAAGAAGAAGCUGUGAAAUCUUUGAGCGAGGAGGAUAAAGUCGCCGAUGACGAGAAAGUUGAAGAAAAGACAGAAAAUGAUGAGAACAGUGAGUGUGUUGAGAACAAACUGGAAGAAUCUGAAGUAGGUGAUAAAAGUGAGGGUGACAAUGACAAUGAGAGUAAACCAGCUGUUCAAGAAAAUGAUGAUGAGGCAGAAAAAUCAGAAAAUCUAAACAAAGCUGAGAAAAGUGAAGACAAAGAGAAACAUGAUGAAGAGGAUGACAAGGAAAAGGACAUAAGUGAAGCACCUGUAGAAGAAGGAGAAGAAAUAUCUGAGACCACAGAAGAAGCUGAGAAAAGUGCAGACGUUGGUGCAAAUGAAGCAGCAGAUGGGACUAAAUCAGCUGAUGAGACGCCAGAGGCUGAGAGUGUUGAGCAAGAUGCUGGAAAAACCAGCAACACGAGUGAAAAAGAAGAAAUUAAUGCUGAAAACGGGGAGAUCUCUACUGAAGCCGAGAGCAAUAAUCAUGAAGACGACGGAGAGUCUCAAUUAAAAGACAAAAAUGACUUGAAAGCCAAAGAAGAGGGUGAUGAAGAAAGCAAAGCAGACGGGCCUGCUGACGACGAGAGCGCAGACAUUAAAGAAGUCGCAGUGGAGUCUGAAGAAGGUGCUAAAAAACACGAUGCUGACGAGGUUGAUCAGGCUCCCGGGGCUGAUGAGGUAGAACGUGAUGCUGAGGGUGACAGCGUGGAAAAAAAUGAUGAAUCAACUCCAAGCAACUCACAGCCUGAGACAGCAGGUACAGAAAUGAAAGCGGAGCCUAAAUUAGGUGACAGAAAAGACGGCGAGGAAGCAGAACAAGAUCAAAAUGGCAACAAAUCUGACUGUGAUAACGAAAACAAAGAGCCAGACUUGGUAAAAAAGGAGAGCAGCGCUGAGGAAAACGUGGAUGAGGUCGCAGCUGUUUCUUCAGGGAAUCAGGAACAAUCACCGGUUGCUGUUGACUUAGAUGUUCUGGCUUCCAAAUUAGAUGAAGAAAGCAAAGAUACAAAGUCUGACAUAUGCCCACAGACUGACGAAAAUGCAGUUGGUGGUGAUCUCUCUGCUGCCGACGGAGAAAAUGGAGUAGACGCAGAAGAUGCGAGUAAGGCCUCGGAGGAAGGAGCAAGUGUGCUGCUCAAACCUCAAAACAAUGAGGCUGAUUAUACAGAAGAGACUGUCGCAGCUGGUAGAGAAAGUCCAGAGGCCUUGGCAGCAGAAGACAGCACAGAUCUAGUCAGUAACUGGGUCAACAAGCACCAGUCAUCAAAGUUUUUCGAGACAUUUGUUGAACCACUGGAGGAUAUGAGGGAGGAGAUAACUGACACUCCAGCGUCCAGCUCAAAUAAAGAAGAGACAAAAUCUACUGAGCUGCCAGGAUCAGACAGUCCACUCAAGAUGGUGAGGGUGUCUGAAGAUGAGGUGAAAGCCUACAGGGACGCUGAAGAUGAACUGCAAGUGGAGGAGAAGGCUGAAGUGAAAGACUUAAUACUAAAACCUCAAACUGAACAAAGUGAGGAGGAGUCUGCAGCCUUGCAGAAGAUGAGGUCAGAAGAGCACAAAGGAAGCAUGGGAUCUCUUCAAGAGUGUAACGGUCAAGAAAGUGCAGAGAAAGGAAUUAAUGAGGAAAACGCUUUUUCCAAAACUGAAGUGGAAAGCACUUCAGGUAGUCUUCAUUCAGCCACUGAAAAACCUGCGAGUGUUUCUAAGAGCCAACCUGAUGAGAAAACUGUCGAUAACAACUUCAAUGUAACAGAGCCGCAGACUGAAGAAGGUAAUCAGUCCACGAGCCCACUUGGAACCGAAGAUGUCAAUGAAACGUGGGGAAAAGCAGACGAGCAAAGUCGAGAAGUUACAGAAACAACUGAUUUUACAACAUCGAAGUCUGACGAUGGAAGCCCGGAGGACUCGCGCAACGAGGAGAUCGAAGGCAAAGCGUCAGACAGGAGCGUCAGCAGAGACAGAAAAGACCUGCAGCUGAUCGAAGACAUCAAACACACGCUCAGUAAAGACCGGCUGAGCGCCUUUUCAGUGGAUGACACGUUGUUUGCUCACAGUUCAUAUCCUUUACUGACUGCUGCGAGUGCUGAGAGCGGGCAUUAGAGCCGCUCCGGUCAGAGUGACAAUGAGGGAAAGUGAAGCUUUACUACUUUUUUAGUUUUUAAUUUUACAAAGACGCCUAUGAAGUCAAGUUGUACAAAUGAAAAGUCUGCAGAUUCUCGAUGCACAGACAAUCAUGUGGCUUCAGACAAAAUGUGACAUGCGCGUCAGUUUUUCACAAAAGCCCUCCGCUGUCUCGUGCUUUCUGCUUUUAAAUUACAGCAGCCUCGUAAACCGUCAUCAUCUUUCACCAUCAAGAAUCCACAUAAUGAGUUUUGACUGCUGCAUGAAAUGUUUACAAUAGAUCAUCUCUUCCUUUUGUUGGUAACAAAGAGCUCUUGGUUGAUAUGAGGUAUCGUGUACAGAUGCUAUCAGCUAUCACCUGAAAACAGAUACUCGCGCACUCACACUCACACAUGGUUGAAUAAUUCAUAGAUGUUGGACUCCCACGUCUUUAGCUUGCCCCAGGUACUCUUUACAUUUCCAUUGACUGGGUACAAGUGGUGCAGCUUUAGCAGAGAUCUGUAAUCGAACACUGUUAAUGGCAUCAUCAGUCAGUCAGCACACUCACAUAAUUACGGGAUCGCAGUAGCUAAGAGAAUAUACAGUAGAACAACAAGAACGCAAAGCUCAAUCUUCAUCAUUAGGCUGAUGAUAAUUAGUUUGGUGGUGACUAGGAAAUGUCAAAUGUAAGCACAGUUGUUGUUUGUAAUGCUGCUAACUCUACCUCUACUUCCACUGAUAUGUUUAACAUGUAUUUGCAUUUCCCUUUUGUCUUUUUUUACGGCUAGCUUGGGUUUGUGAGGCUUAAUCGUUUCAUUUGAUAUCUGUCAGUAACCGAAAGUUUCUGUGAU